AUGUCGUGGAAUGCAUACACCGAGAAUUUAAUUGGCACAGGCAAAAUCGAUAAAGCCGCUUUAUAUUCAAGAGCAGGAGACUCCUUAUGGGCCGAAUCAGGAUCAUUCCAAUUGCAACCCAAAGAAAUCACAGAGAUUGCUACUGGCUUUGACGACGCUUCAGGUUUACAAAGUCACGGCCUACACGCACAAGGACAAAAAUAUUUCUUGUUACGUAAUGAUGAGAGGUCAAUUUACGGUAAACACGAAGCGGAGGGGUUGAUCUGCGUCAGAACUAAACAAGCAAUUUUGAUUGCCCACUAUCCAGCAGGCGUGCAACCUGGAGAGGCAACAACCAUUGUCGAAAAACUAGCAGAUUAUUUGAUUGGCGUGGGUUAUUAA